GGAUGGGUACCAUUGCUGGUCCGGAUCUGUAUAGACGAAAUCGAACACAGAGGGAUCAAGUUGGAAGGGAUUUAUCGAGUCUCGGGUAAAAUGCAAAAUGUCACCCAACUAGUGCAUGAAAUUGAAAAAGAUGAAGACGCUUUCAGAUUUGAUCCUGAACGACAUGAUCCAUAUACCAUUGCAGGAGUAUUAAAACUUUAUCUAAGACAAUUACCUACACCACUCUUUAACUUUCCACUUCAAGAAAGAGUAAUCUUUUCCAAGAAUUUAGAAGAACAUCUGCAAAACGGAUUUAGUGUACUUUCUAAAAAGAUUCGAAAACUUCCACCUGCUCAUCAAGCUACAUUGAAAUUAGUUUGUGAACAUCUUUUUAGAGUUUCUCAACAUUCAGAUGAGAAUAAGAUGACUUCUAGUAAUCUUGGAUUAGUUUUUGCACCUGCUAUCUUUUCCGAAGAGACUGGUACA